GUUGGUUGGCUCGUUGCUUACAUUUUGGUUGAUUCAGUCAGCAAAGUCAGCAAGCCGGGCCAAGAUUCAGUUGCAUUAAGGCAACGCAUUUGCCAGGACGCACAGGAUAACGGAAAUAGCCACCAAAAAAAAAAAAACCGAAGGCUCUGUUAGUUAGUUAGUCAGUUAGUUUUGGCCAUCGAUCGUUUCGUUUCGGCUAGAACUAAGCCAAUUCAGACAAGUUCAUUUGUCCUUGCCUGUCCAGACUACACACUACAUUGUGUGGCUCUCGAGUGUGCGUGUGUGUUUGCCUUCGUGUCUCUCUGUGUGUGUGUGAGUCUAGGUGUGCGUGUUAAUGGCAUUGUAAUGCUAAUCGUUAUGCAAUCGCCUUGAUUUUAAAUAUAGUGUAUAGUGUUUAUAUAAAUAUAUAUAUAAUGUCUUUGAAACGUUAUGCAAUAUUAGCUGCAGUCAGUCAAAUGCAACAUCAUCAACAACAACAACAGCAACAAAAUGCCAUACAAUCUGCAACAGCAAUAUCCGGAAUGUCCGGAACAUCGGCAACGUCUAGCACAGCAUCGUCAACAUCAACGACAGCUUCUACUCUAUCUUCAUCUAUUAGUUCGCCCAGCAGUGAAGAGCAUUUCUCUAGCUCUUCAUCAUUUACCACCUAUUAUUCUAGUGGUUUGGGUCUCUAUCAUCAGCAGCGCGGUCUAGCCAAUGGUGCAACAUCGAAUGGUGGUGCAAUUGCUGGUGGCGGCGGUCAUGCUACUGGCGGUAGUCAAUCCUAUGCUCAUGUCGUCAAUGGCAAUGUAAAUUUGCUGCUCGGCGGUGCCAUGUUAUCCUUGAUAACAACAAUAUUGUGUGUGGUCUGCUAUUGUUGCCAUCGUAAUAUUAAAAAGCGUACUGAAGCCGCCUACAGACAGCAGCAACAUCAAUGGAUGGAAAAUGAUCCAAAUAUGGAGAUAUAUAGCGUCGAACAGUGCUAUGAGACAUCCGGACUAUUUCUGGGCGAUUCCACAGAUGGUUUAGCCGCAAUGCCGGCUCUGCAUCAUGAACCGCCGCCCUCGUAUGAUGCAGUUGUCUUACAUGAGCAACAGUUGCAGCAGCAGCAUCAGCAACAGAUGGAGCAACAGCAACUUCAAAUGCAACUACAGCAGCAGCAACAACUUUUAAUGCAACGCAUAUCACCGCCGCCGGGUUAUAGAUCCUCCUUGGAUAUAAGCAGCCUGCAGCAACAGCAACAACAACAACUGUUGGCAACAGGAGGAGGCGGAGGAGCAAGUGGUGGCAGUAGUGGUUGUUGUCGCGGUACACCCGAUGGCAGUGUCGAUGCAAUGGCAAUGGCCGGCAGCAGCAGCAGGGGAGGAGGAGCUGGCGGAGGAUCAUUGAUUAAUAAGCAACUGGAAAGAGCCUUGAAUGCCCAAUCCUGUUGCUCUCUGCAGCGUGCAGAAGUUGAGAAUAUGUGGAAUGCAGCUGCAGCAGCUGUGGCAGCACGAAGCAGUGGCAAUUGCAUGGAAAUGGAGACAUUCGCGGGAGGUACAUCAUCAUCAUCAUCGACUGCUACUCCUUCUGCCAUGAUGGCGGCUCGUAAACAGGGACUCAAUAGUUUUGGGCGUCGUUAUCUCCAGCAAUCUCAUCAACAUAAUCAUUAUCGUCGCGGUUGCCCUCUUUGUGGAAAAUUUCGGUAUGAUAAUAUGGACUUUGGAGAUGGAGAUGAGCACAUGACUAUGUCAGCUUUGUCGGUGGAAAGUGGCUUAAAUCUGGCCACAACAACGAGCGAAGAAAUGCAGCUGCAACAGGAAACUGAAAAGGACGUCGAGCAACAUGAGCAGGAGCAAGAGCAACAUCCGGAGGUUGAACGGGACAACGACUUGGCUAAUGGUAAUGUCACUGUAGAGACAAGCGAGUUGGUUGAACGAGAUGAAAAUGAUAAUGCUGCAACGCAAAUGCAUCAGGAGAAUGACACGGAGGCGCUGCAAGAGGAAACUCUGGAAGCGGCAGCAACAACAUCUUCUUCAUCGACUGCACAAAAUCUGGAUCAUAUCAAUGACAAUGGCAUCAUCAGUUUGGAUAUGAGUAAAAUCAUUGAUAGAUCUGGUCUGCCCACCUAUGAGGGUGCCAUUAAACUGGAAUCCAGUGGCUAUGUCUGAGGGCAAUGUAUCAAAACGAAAGAAGGAAGUCUAUCUCAUAUAGAGAUGCAGAGACAUGGCUGACCUUUUUUUUUUUGAAAUAUCAAAAAUAGAUAACGCUAAAAUAGUUUGUUCCUGCAUCUCUAGGGCAUAACUUUUUUUCUCGCUCUCUUUCUCACAAAAUGUGCUUUAUUUAGAUUGUAAGAGACUCUGAAAAUGUUAACCCUCCAGUAACCCCAUCCCCCCCAAAUGCAUAUCUCUGUAAAUGU